CUUCAAAUUGAAAUAUGUUUAUGACAAGGUCUGAAUAUGAUCGGGGUGUUAAUACCUUCUCACCUGAAGGAAGAAUAUUUCAAGUCGAAUAUGCGAUUGAAGCUAUCAAAUUAGGAUCCACAGCUAUUGGAAUUAGAACAGCAGAAGGUGUUGUGCUUGCCGUUGAAAAAAGAAUAACAUCACCUCUUAUUGAACCUUCCAGCAUAGAAAAAAUAUUUGAAGUUGAUGGCCAUGUUGGAUGUGCGAUGAGUGGUUUAAUAGCAGACUCGAAAACGAUGAUUGACAAAGCGAGAGUGGAAGCCCAAAAUCAUUGGUUUACAUACAAUGAAAAAAUGGCAGUUGAAAGUAUCACUAAAGCUGUGUCAAAUUUAGCACUACAGUUUGGUGAAGAAGAAGCUGGUACUAUGAGUCGGCCAUUUGGGGUUGCUUUGUUAUUUGCGGGAUUAGAUGAGAGAGGACCUCAACUUUACCAUUUGGAUCCAUCUGGUACUUACAUUUUAUGUGACGCCAAAGCAAUUGGUUCAGCAUCUGAGGGAGCACAAACAUCUCUUCAAGAACAAUAUCACAAGUCAAUGACCAUAAAAGAAGCAACAAAGUGUGUUCUUGGGAUAUUGAAACAAGUUAUGGAAGAAAAACUCACCGAGACGAAUGUAGAAGUAGCUACUGUUACUCCUGAUUUACAGUUUCAAAUGUUAUCUAAAACCGAAGUUGAGGAAAUAGUCCAGAGCUUAUGAAAUGUUGUCCUUCAUACUGAUGUGUUGAUGAAGUGUGGCCAAAUAAAUGCCUUUCAUUACAGCAAACAUUUAAAGCUAGUGUAAGGAAUUGAGUCACAAGGGCGGUUGCACUAUUAUAAACUUUCGGAAACUUAUGUUUUGGACAUACAUUUACUAUUUGAAGUAAAAUUGCUCUACUAUGUUUUCGCCAUUUUCAAUAAAUAAAUUUUCUGUGAUAACCACAUUCUGAAAAGUUAGUUGUUGAUUAGGAAUUACUGGUACACUUGCUGGUUUCGUUAGAUAUGCUCUGUUGCAUUGUUUGUUAACUUUUGAUACCAGCCGAACAGCUACGCGAAUUUUUUUCCAUUAUAUAUGAUAUAAAUGAAAAUCGAAUACAUUUCGUCGUAACACAA